CACCGAAAAGGAUUACGCUCUUCGUGAAAGCAGUGGCGAAUACAGCACGGCGGAAGGGAGAUUGGGAAGCAUGCGCGCGCUGUGGUGGAAUGCGGGUCGGGUUUGAACGGAGGCGAGAGAAGGCACUUCUGAAAGUGAAGUGUCGCGAGGUAGGGUGGCGGCGAUUGCCGUUGAUUGUCCGGCGUCAGGCGCAUGAUUAGUCGGUUGGUGAGAAGCGGGAUCGGAAAGGAGGGGCAAAGUAAGUAAGUUUUUUCGAGGGGUCAGUAUCAACCAUUGGCUGCUCGGAAAGGAGGAAGGAGAGAGGAGCUCGCGAGGCAGAGCUGGGGCAAGGAAGAAGAUGUCGCGCGUGUACGUGGGAAAUUUAGACCAGCGAGUAACGGAAAGAGAGCUUGAAGACGAGUUUCGAAGUUUCGGUGUGCUGAGGAGUGUGUGGGUGGCUCGAAAACCCCCUGGAUUUGCAUUUAUAGAGUUCGAUGACCCGCGAGAUGCGGAUGAUGCGAUACGGGCGCUGGAUAACAAAAACGGAUGGAGAGUAGAGCUAUCCAGGAGCUCGGGGGGGGGAGGGGGGGGGCCAAGAGGAAGGGGGGGUGAUGACAUGAGAUGUUACGAGUGCGGGGAACCGGGGCAUUUUGCGAGGGAGUGCAGGCUGCGGAUCGGAGGAGAUGGCAGAGGAGGAAUAGGAGGGGGAGGAGGGGGUCGAGGCCGUAGUCGGAGUCCGAAAUAUCGACGUAGUCCGAGCUAUGGAGGGGCUGGAAGAAGACGGCGGUCUCGAAGUCCCAGCUACGGUCGAUACGGAGGUGGUCCGCCUCUUGGCGGCGGCGCCGCCGCCAUGGGUGCCCCCCCUGCAGCUUUUGGUGGAGGGGUCGGAUUUAGGGGUAGAAGUCCGAUUUUCGAGAGACGAAAACCGAGUAGAAGUCCAAGCUUUGGGAGGAGGCGACACAGCAGAAGUGCCAGUCUCGUAAGGAGUCGAAGCAGGAGCCGCAGUCCUCCUAUGCGAGUAGAUGUUCCUCGAGAGGACUUCAAUGGAAAUGGCUUUGAUAGGGAUCGCAGUCCUCCUCGACGCGGUCUGAGUCCAGUAAGGAGAAGGAGCCUCUCCCCUCCACCACCUCGUCGGAAUCGCAGCUUCAGUCGUUCUCCGCCCAUACGCAGAGAUAGACGCGUGUCACCAUUGCUGAACGGCAGUCCUGUCCGUGAUCGUCGUCGCAGCCGUAGUCGCAGUCCCUGACUGCUGAGGCUGUCGCCUCUUCCUCUUGUCUAAGUGGGUUGCCAGCUAACUAUCUCUGUCUCUCCUCCCUGCCUCCCGCCCUCUCUCUCUCUCUCUCCCUCCCUCUCUCUUUCUUUUUCCCCCCCCCGCGCGAUCUGUUUCUCUCCAGCCUUUCUCUUUUCUCGCAUUCGAUUCUCGCGACUCGGUCGUUUUUCGCCCCAUCUCUUAUCUGCCGUUCUCUGAGCGUGUAAGUGACUUGGAAGGUCGUGAGGACGACUGUGACUUUGCUCGGAGGUUUCCCUCUGCAACCCCCCUGUCCAUCUCUUCGUCUCUCUGUCCUCCUCCCUUUCUGCCUCCUUUCUACAGUUAACCAGUGUAAUAAUUACUAGCAAUCAGGUUGUUCAUGUUGCAUCUGGAUGAGACGCAAGAGGCAUGGACUAGACGUGAACGGUGACUUCGUUGCACGUACGUCGUCUAUCCGGCAAUAUUGCGUGGCGGCUGGCCGUGAGAAGGUAGAGAGGCGGCUGGCCGGGAGGGAAAGAAAAGGACGAGUAGGGAGGGAUGAUCCAGAAGAAAAGGGCAAAGAAUGGAGAUAGAGGAUGUUCCUCCGGCGGCGGCAUUGAUUAAUGGUGUGAUUGGGAGGAGGGGGAAGAUGCGCAUAAGUGGGCAGCGCUUAUGUCUCGGGUCGACAGAUACAUGUGCGUUUGGAAUGGAGCUGCGAAGCUGCGCGGCGUAGAAGGGGGAGAGAGGGAGCGGCGAAUCUGCGACGUGAAGACUGCGGAAUUCUGGUCGUUUAGCGAAGGGGGAACAAGAUUGUAGCAGCGACGGAGAAAGGGUGAGGAAGGGUUGGGGGGAUUUAGACUACACGGUCGAGGUUUUGGUCGAGUAGGGGUGUUGGUUUUGCUGUCAUGGUGUCCACCGUCACGGCAUUAAGGUGGGAACAGAGGCCAAGAAGUCGUUUGGAUUAGAGACAGUGAAGAGCGGAGAAUAGUCUAAAGCCAAGGUGGACGUUUUGGCCAUUGAGAAGAGAAGGAGAGAAUUCAAAGAUUAAGACAUCGAGCUCCGGAGCGCAAUCGUUGUUGUUUUUCAAGUAAUGGCGUGAUGGAUGGAUGGACAUUUGUUCGCCUGAGGCGCAGCCCGUCGAAUUAUGUCGAUUUACGGAAUAGUUCUAUCUAAUGCUGGCUUUUUUUUUGUGGGAUAGGGAAUUGUGCAUGGGACGAUGGGGAAAGAAAACGGGAAGGGGUGGUUUGAGGACGAGGGAGGAGCGGAGAUGCAUUCAUUCCUUCUCUGCACUAUUCUCGGGGAAUAGCACACAUGUCAUCAUGUCAAGGAUAGAGCGCCAUCGGGUGUUAACCGCUACGGCCGCCUCACAGCAGGAAGAUGCGAAGUCGCCUCCUCCCUCUGCUGGAGUGAUAAGUUCCUUUACCGGGAGCCCUCCCCUAUGCGCGUGUAUCGUUUGACCUUUUUUCAUUGUUUUUUUUUCUUUCUUCCUCCCCCUGCCCCCUUCUCCUCCCCCCCCCUUUUUUAACCCUCCCCUCUCCCUUUUUUUCCCGUUUCUCCCCUGCUGUUGUCCUUCCCCGUGCACCCCACCCGGCCCGCACAUUACAUCUUAGCUGGCCCUAGUUUUUCUUCACGUGUCUCCCUACGCUCUAUUUGUCCUUGCAUAUGCCACGUCAUAUCUCCCUUAGUCCUUCCCAUGUCCUAUAUCCUAAUCGAGUUGAUGCCCCUACUCGCGAGAGUCGCGCCGCCUUUCCUCGUCUGUCUCUUGUCCGACAAUCCCUUGCCUUGCCCUCUCCGCUAGAUAUAUAUCCCGUGCCUUUGUCUCUGCAGUGGAUAUAUAUAUAUAUAUAUAUAAUGUGACAACAUAUAUACAAGUGUAUGUAUAUCCCCUCCUUCCCUCGGCUGGGAUGGACCCCUCGGUUGAUCGGCACGCUUUGUUCUGUCCAAUCAAUAUCUCAUUCCUUC